GCUCUCAAAAUCUCUAAUUUGAAGAUUCGAACUAGUAUUUCUUUCUUUUUGAUUUGAAAAUUUGUGUCAUAUUGCUUAAAUUGUUUUGAUUAUAUCAUUGUGAUUGCAAUUUGUAUCCCAUAUAUAGAUGUGAUUAGCCUCUCCAAGUUCAUUUUUUUUCUCACUUGAACAGUUGGGCAGGUUAUACUUCUGCUCCAAGUUUACAGGCAAUUAAUCAAAUUGGGCUUAGAAAAAAGUUUGAGUUACCAGUAGGAUGAGCUGUAAAAUUUUGGAGUUUUUAUGUAUUUAUUCGGAAGGGGACGGAUUCGAGCCGUGGAAACACAGAAAUGCACGUAAGGCUGCUUACAAUAGACCUUUGUGGUCCGGUCCUUCCCGUAUCCCACGCAUAGCGGUAGCUUAGUGCACCGGGCUGCCCUAUGUAUUUAUUCGUGUUUGAGCUAAGAAGAUGUACACUAAUUCUAUGCUAAACUUUUGUACCAUGCUUGAAUAUAUACAAAGAGUGACAGUAGACGAUUGCAAUAAGAAUAGGCUGGAAAGAUGUUAUCAAGCAGUGAAAGUGCAAUCUUUUAUGGUGAUUUCCUAUUUCCUAUCAAGUUAAUGAUUAGAUUAGAAUGUAAGUUGUAUCUACGGAGAGUUUAAAGAAUUUCUGAGCAGUUUCAGUGGAUCGCUUACCAUCUUUUGCAUAGCUGGAUUUGACACUAUUAAACUCCUUAGAUUAUAAGUUCAGUUAAAACUUUUACCACCAACUCAGAGAGAUGAAACAGAAGUCGUUCUAAUUUUGAUCUUAGUUGAAAAUUAUUUCCACUCUUAAGCCGAGGGUCUAUUGGAAACAACCUCUUUAUUUCCACAAGGUAGGAGUAAUCUCUGUGUACACAUUACCCUCCCCAGACCCAACUACGUGGGAUUAUACUGGGUAUGCUGUUGUUGUGUUGAAAAUUAUUUCCACAUAGUUACAGCAGAGCAUCUAGAUAUUGGCUAAGAUCAAGGGCUGAGCUCCCUAAUGUUUUCGCAACAAAAUCAUAAUGCAGAUUGCAGGCAAGCGGCAUAGUUAAAGGCUUAUUACCUCUCUUUCUUCUUACUUCGCUUGGUUUUUUCAAUCCUAUAUGCUUUUGGUUAUUUCUGUAUGGUUGUUUAGGAAAACAGAAGGAAGACAUUAACACUCCUAUAGUUGAUCGCAGUCAGUGGUUGCUUUAGCCCACUGAUAUGCAUUUAGCCGCCAUGGAUUUAGUAUCCAAACUGCUAACAGAUGCUUCAAUUUGGAUACACGACAUUUUAAAUCAUAAGUGUAUUGGCUAUCUUCAGUGACUUUUCAUGUGUGAACUGCAUUUAGCAACAGUAAUUUCACCCAAGCUUAUACAUUUGGUAUUUUUCUAGCACAACAUAAGAAUAAUGCAAGUAAUAGCUUUCUACAAUGGCUCCUCUAUAUCGGGCAUGGGUUCACUAAAGCUAUCUGAAUAAUCAGAUGUACCAUUAAUUCCUUUCAAGCUUCACAAAAUACAUACAUGAGAGAGAAAAGGAAGACAUGUUCUUUGUUAAGAACUCAUUCAAUAUUGAGGCAUAGUUAAUUGAUUGAUGUGAUAUAUGCGGUCUGUUUAAAAAAGAAGUGUUCGAGGGGAAGGAGGGAAGACUUUGAAUUGAUAGGAAUGAGUUUCUGAUACUUCAAUGAUUAAUAUAGUUUUUUGUAAAAAUACCUUCGUUGGUCGUUGACAUAGUGGACUAAGAAGGCUUCUAUACCAAGGUAUGCUCUUUAAGCCUACUUAAUUUUGAUCAAUUCUUAUGAAGAGGUACAAAUGAGCUCAUUAUGGAUCUUGGAUUGUCAUUGCUUUUCUCCGAUGAUGAAUAUCUUCUAGAAAUACAGUGUUAGUAGUGUUUUUUUUGCUCAUCUGAAGCAAAAUAUGCUCGUUAAACACAAUCUAUGUGUUGCAUCAAUCCCGUUUGACAAAUAUCAGUGAAUAAAAUAAACAUCAAUCUUAGCUGGCUUAAACAAAUAGGAAAGCCCGCCCAUGGUGGUUCUGAUUGGAUUUUCUGACGUCUACAACUGUCAUGCCUCAUAAGCUUUAUUGUGAUCCGAAAUCAUUACCUGCAAAGAAUUAUAUUUUUGUUGCUGAGAUUUUGUAUCCUUUUAAUCAAGGGCAGUAUAAUGCAAUAGCAGUUCUUAAAUCAUGAAUACCUCUUUAUCUUUUUUGAUUUAUUUGCAGAUCAGGAAGUUCUUUGUUGGAUAUCGUCAAGCUCGUUUUCUGGAACUUAGUCAGUGCAGGUAUUGACAAUUCUGAAGAAUGGAUUCUGAGCUGGUACUACAUACUGGCGGAUGUCACUGUAAAAAAGUAAGAUGGCGAGUCUAUGCAUCAUCUAGCGUUGUGGCCUGGGAUUGUAACUGCUCAGACUGUUCCAUGAGACGAAACACACACUUCAUAGUUCCCUCGGAGAGAUUUGAACUCCUCGGAGACUCCAAGGAGUUCAUCACAACCUAUACGUUUGGGACUCACACAGCUAAGCACACCUUCUGCAAAGUUUGUGGUAUAACUUCUUUCUACAUUCCACGAUCGAAUCCAGAUGGUAUAGCCAUUACAUUAAGGUGUGUCGACCCUGGUACGCUAACUCAUGUUGAGUUCAAAUGUUUCGAUGGACAAAAUUGGGAAGGCUCGUACAAGCAAACAGGCAUUGCAUCUUGCUCAAAGGCAACAGAUGAAGAUUCAAAGUGAUAUCAACUUUUGGUGUGAAAGUAGAAGCUUGCUGCCAUGUGACCAGGAGGUCACAGGUUCAAGCCGUGGAAACAGCCUCUUGCAAAAAUGCAGGAUAAGGCCGCAUACAAUAGACCCUUAUGGUCUGGCCCUUUUCCCCAGACCACGCACAUAGCGGGAGUUUAGUGUACCGGGCGUGAAAGUAGAAGCUUAAAGUAUCACGUGAUGGAGCUUCCCAAGAUAGUCUUUCUUCUCUCUGCUAAUUUUUGACAUUCAAUUCUUGAAUUGAGGCGCCUGACCUUGCAAGAUAUUAAUUUUUACCAUUUGAUUAUGAUUA